AUGAAGCAGGGCGACCACUAUGGCGAAACGAUGCUGCUUGGCUUGGAGCAGGUCUGGCGCGUUUCCCUGGUCUCUUCCUCUUCCAGUAUGAUCAUCGAGAUUCGCCGUGAUUCAUUCCGCAGUCUCUUGGAGGAAUUUCCAAUGGAGAUGAAGCAAUUUGAGACAUUCUUCGAUGUGACAUUGGAGCAGUUAUUCUCAGGAACAAGGACUGCGACUUGUGAUAUUUUCACUGGAUCAUCCCCCAAGAUGCUGGAAUCGUUCGAUGAACACAUGCUACGACGCGUCUUCUUCCCCGGAGAGACGGUGUUGCAAGAUGGACCUGACAGCAAAGAACUGGUCUUGCUACAAGAUGGCAUGGGAGCCUUGGAGAUCGCUGGACGCACCGUGCGCACCGAGAGCAAGGGCAUGAAGAAGGAGAGCUAUGAAAGAAGAGCGGAAACUCGGCGCGAGGAGGAGAAAGAGGAGGAGGAGGACGACCGACCCGCGUGCUUUGGCGAGCUGGAGUUCUUGGGCUUGAGCCCUGUGCGGAAGAUGGCGGUGAAGGCUCUAACCCCAUGCAUUUGCAGGGUGCUAAAUCGCGAGAUGGUGCCUUACAUAGUCCAGGAGAAUGCUCAGUUACAAGGCAGUUUGCUGAUGCAAAUGUACCAAAGCACUGUGAUCACCUCGUGGAACGAGCAAGCGAGCGUGCUCCAAGACUUUGUGGCGACUCAAUGUAGCCCGCAGUUUCUCCAGUUUCUUGCAGGGCAUUUGGAAGCCAGGCUGUAUCCGAAGGGCAAGAAGAUGUGUGAUCUAAGCCGUGACUCGGGGUCAAGAUCACUUCAGAUGGUGAUGACAGGCUCUGUGCUUGUAAGAGGAAUGCAGGGCAAGGAGCUCCCGAGUUUGGGCCCCAACGGCGUCUACGGUCGGAUGUCCGCGCUGAAUCUGCGGCCACGGCCCGUGGGCGCCAUUGCCUUCAUUGCCGCGGAGCACUGCUGUGUAGAGGUCUUGCACCAGGAUGUGGUGGUUCGAGCAUUGGAGAUCUACCAUGACCAGCGCCCGAAGAUUCUGAUGUUUGACCAAGACAAAAAGGGUGGAAACUCCAUCGACUUCGUGGAGAUUGUGGCCAACUCCCGGAUCUUUUCCAAUAUGUCUCAAGAGUUCGUCCGGGAGUUGGCCUCUUCGGCCGUGGACCGCAUCUUCAUGCCAGGAGAUGCUAUUAUGCACCAGGGUGCAGUGGAGUACUCUAUGUUUAUCGUUGUGUCAGGCACCGCGGAUGUCUAUGUUAGUGAUAUCAAGAACGAAGAUCCGCAACUAGCCAGGGAGAGGAUCACCAAGCCUGCCAAGCAUAUGAGUCGAGUAAGUCAUCUAUCUCCUGGAGCUAUUUGUGGGGAGUUAGCCAUGCUGGGGAUUACUCCGACUCGCUCAGCGACCAUCCUGGCGUCGACGUUGUGUAUCAUGUGGGAGGUCUUGCAGGAAAAGGCGAUGGCCAUUCUGGACCGCUAUCCACAGGAGAGGGAGCUCUUUGGAGCGGUGAUUACUCGGAACCUGGACAGCAGCGUUCCCUCGAGGCUGCUCCAGCUUCCGUUGCUCAAAGCCUUUGAUCGCAAGUUUCGCAUGCUCCUCACGUUGUACUGCGAAAGGUAUGCCUUCUUCCCUGAUCAGCAAAUCAUCAAGGAGGGCGAGGUUGGCGACAAGUGCUUCAUUAUCAACUUGGGGCCAGCCGUUUUGCAGAAGAGAGGCUAUGCGGUAAAGACCUUCUCUCCUGGCUCACAAUUUGGCUGCGACCACAUGCUUGGGAUCAAUAGGACCUAUUGCGGCACUUUGAUUGCCAUGUCUGUAUGCCAUGUGCUAGCCGUAUCUCGAAGCUCUUAUGUGUUGGCAUUGGAACAGUAUCCCUCCACAAAGGCCAAUCAACAACUGCUGCGACAGCAGCGAGCGGAGGCCAAGGACUUGCGACAGGCCAUCCAAAGGAUUACCAUCCGAAAAGGCAUAUGGCAGAGAUAUCAAGGCAGUUGUGAGGUCCGACUGAAGAGCAACGUGCUCUUCCUGAACGAGCAGGACCUGAUGCAGCGCUUCGUCAAGGCUUGGCAUGAGACCGUGCGCGAGAUCAGGACCACCAGGAUGGAGCGAGCUCGGCGGCGGCAAGAGGUUGAGGAGAUGAUUGAGAAUUGGCGGGUGAAAAACGAGGCCAACUUCAAAAAGGCCGCACAGAAGAGACGUGAGAAAGAACUCUUGCACAAGAAUGUCACGGAGCGUGGGCCGCUGGAAUACUUGGACCAGGACACCCGACCCAGCUUGCCCAGGCUGCCGAAGAAGCAAACUCAGGAGCUGGUGUCGAUUCUGAAGGCAUGGCCAUCGCCGCGGCCUUCUCCGCAUUAUAGUCUGAAAGUGUGGGGAGUGAUGGGCCAGGAGCUAACGCAGCCUCCUGGCAAAGAUUGCCGAUUAUUGCCAAUGCUGGAGGGGGUCAAGCGGACAGGUCGCCAGAAGCCAAUGGGACAAAGCGACGACAGCGACAGCGAUUCUGGCCUAGAGGGGAGCGUCCAGGUACCAGCCGUGAGCUUCGAGUCACGGGAGACCAAGGCCUCAUGGAGGGCCACGGCCGCGCUUCGAUCUUCCCUGGAGAUGGCAGGAGCGCCACCCAUCAAGGAAAACGAGAAGUAUUUGGUCUGUGCUGCAGAUAGUGUCGAUUCUGAUGAUGUCGACGAUGACGGAGAUGAAGUGGGUGAGCUGCGGCCCGGCGACUCUCCCAGAGGUGGUGCCUCGAAGCGAAGGGUGACCUCGUUGUAUUCGGGCGAGACGGAAGGGACUCGAAGAGGUUCUGUCGGUGGCAUGUCGACUUUGGCCGUCGAAACGGAGCUGGGCAAGUUCACCGGCUGUAGCCAAGAACUCUUAGCUGACCUCAGUCAGGCGGCCCAAAGCAUCAUGUGUGGCGAGCAGUUGGCGAUCCAUGCCAAGGGCGACCAGUCGGAUGCGAUCCUGAUUGUGCUCAGAGGUACAGUGGAUGUUCGCCUGGGCGAUGAGAAGGGCGAUCACUUGGGCGAGACCCUUUUCUUGGCCGUUGAAGACUAUUGGCCGGUGCAACUCGUGUCAUCAAGCCUAAGCAUGGUUUGUGAAAUCAGCAGGGAGGACCUGCUCACGGUUCUGAAAGAUUAUCCGGCAGACAAAGAGCUGCUGAAUCCGUACUUAUCCCAGCCUCCGCAUGUACACCUUCUCACUUCAGAGCGGAUGCUCCAAAUACCUCUCUUUGCUGGCAUCUCUGAGUCUGCUUGGGAGACCUUCCGAGAUAGCAUGCUGCGCCGCAUCUUCUUCCCGGGCGAAAUCAUCUUGUCCGAGGACACCGCGCAGCAAGAUCUGGUACUCUUGGCUCGGGGAGCAGUCAGCAUUGACAUAGCAGGCCGCACGAUACGGGUGGAACGGCGAGGCGAGAGCUUGCGUGGACUUUCGCAGAGGGAGGGUAUGGAAAUGGAUAUGAUCAGCCCAGAUGAUGCGCUCCACCCUGCAGUUUUCAAUGACUUGGAGUUUCUGGGUCUCGCUGAGCAGAGGGUCAGUACCAUCAAAGCAGAUGCCGAGCCUUGGCGUUUCGUGACGCCGCCGUUGCCGCCCAGCGCGGAGGGGGCGGAGCUGGGUGGAGUGCAGAAGCACUGGGUUCAUUGGAGUGUGAAUGAGUUUGAGAUGUUUUUGACGUGUGCUCUCAACAGAGGCAAAACCAUUUGCGACUUCGAAGUGCCAGCUGGCACCCGAGUGAUGCACAUCGUGACCAGUGGCCUUGCAUCCACGGAGCGCAUCCGGACCCUCUCGUCCAGCACCACCUUUGGCAUGAUGGCCGCUUUGGGGGUCGCUCCGCGGCCUGAGCGGGUGAAGAAGGUGGUGGCCGUUGAGCAUUGCAGCUGCCAACUGCUUCACCAGGCCGUCGUCGUGCGCGCUCUGGAGCUCUUCCCUGAUCAGCGCAUGAAGGUCCUGACCUUGUCGAAUGGUGGCCAGGAGACGGAUAUGUCAGAUCUGAUCGAUAGAAUACAGAACUCACCUUUCUUCAACAACACUCACCCCGACUUUGUGAUAGAGCUGGCGAAUUCAGCGGUUGACCGGAUUUUCAUGCCGGGUGACCUUGUUGUGAACGAAGGUGAAGUUGGGAAUUCCAUGUACAUAUUGUUGAAUGGCAACGCGGAUGUAUACGUGAGUGACAAAAGCAAGGACAAGCAGGACAAAGCAGAUACAUCAAAGAUGCUCGGCCAGGUGGGCACCGUAUGGCGCUGUGGGCAGAAGAAUGAGCCGAAGAAGAUUAAACAGAUGAUUCGAGUGGGGCAUUUGGCUCCAGGGGCAAUUGCUGGUGAGUUGGCCAUGCUGGGGAUUUCGCAGACGAGAUCUGCCAGCAUUCAGGCCUCGACGCUCUGCGUUUUCUGGGAGGUCACCCAAGAGAGAGCGAUGCUGAUCUUGGAUCAUUUUCCUGAAGAGCGGCAGCUCUUCAGCACUGUCAUCGUCCAGAACUUGGACUUGACCGUGCCAGGACGCAUGAUGAAUUUGCCUCUGUUCAAGUCCUUUGACCGGAAGUUUCGCAAUCUCCUGGGGCUCUACUGUGAGAGACACGCCUUCUUCCCGGACUAUACGCCGACGCGAGAGGGUGAGACGGGAGACAAGCUUUGGAUCAUGAACUCAGGGCCAGUCAUGCUGCAGAAAAAGGGUUUUCGUGUGAAGAUGUAUUUGCCUGGCAUGCAUUUUGGAUGUGACAAUAUGCUGGGGCUUUCGAGGCAAUACAUGGGCACGCUGGUGGCCAUGACCGUUUCCCAUAUCCUCUCACUCUCUCGUUCCUCCUAUCUCCAUGCACUGGAGCAGUAUCCCUCCAAAGCAGCGCAUCAGAAGCUGCUGAAAGCGCAGAAGCGCGAGGCCAACGAGUUGCGCGAGAUGUUGGACCGGGUCGCGGUCCGGAAAGGCGUUUGGCAACGCUAUCAGGGAGAGUUGGCUGGGGCUUUGGGUCGCAGACUCAGUGAGCUCAUCAAGUGGAAUAUCACGGAGCGUGGGCCGCUCAAGUACUUGGAGGAUUGGCAGGAGGCUUCAGACCCGUGGGCCAAUGAGACCAGCUGGCCGCGCACGGGUGGUCGCGGUGGUCGAAUAGACUUCGAGCUUCGCACCGACUGGUCGCAGGACUGGCCGCAGCCAAGACCCUCACCAAACUACCGCCUGCAUGUGUGGGACAUCGUGAGGCAAGAGCUGCGCUCACAAGAAUGCGGCACCCCGAGCAAGAUGCUGCCAUUGUUGGGCACGAAGGGCAAGAGGCCGGAGGAGGUCGGCUGGCCGAUGGCCAACUUCCUUUGGCAUCGACAACCGGUCACCUCGGUGGACUGGCAUCCCAGUGAUGAAACGGUCUUGGCGGUGGCUUCAGCUGAUGAUUCCGUCUCAUUGUGGGACAUGGCUGUUGAGGCACGCAUGCCGCCUCGAUCCGAGGUGAGCAUCCACAUUCCAGGAUCUGAUGAAGUCCUAACGCUGCCAGUCUACACCAAUACCAAAGUCAUCGAGGUGAAGUGUUUGCUUGAAGACCGGUUGUCGGUGAACCAAAGCGACUUGAGGCUGGUGUACAAGCAAGGCCCCAACUAUCGUGUCCAUAACGACAAUGAUGAAAUCGCGCGGAAAGUGGUGAUUCAUGGCAUCAAGUCCUUCAAGAGGGUGUCUCAGAAGUAUGACUUCCCACAUGUGAUCAUCGGAGCGGGGCAUAUUGGCUUGAAACUGGCGAUGACUUGGCUCAUGGACAACUUCACGAACUUUGUUCUUUUUGAUCGCAAUGACCGGGUGGGAGGCACUUCUUGGAUCGACCAAGCCAAUUCCACCUCUCGGCUCCAAACCGAAGUUGGAGUGUACCAUUUGGAGUAUCAUGAGAACAAUGGUUGGCCGUCGUGGGCCUUUGACAACCCGUGGCCAUCGCGCGACAAGCUGCUGGAGCACUUUCACGAGGUCUCAGAACAGUUCGGAAUUCUGCCCUACUGCCGCAUGCAAACCAACGUCAGGAGUUUGAAUGUGAUUGGCAGGGAUUAUUGGAAUCAGUCGUACGAGCUGACGGUGAAGACCAAGGGCAAGGAAGAGCAGGUGGUCCAGGCAGCCUCCGUGGCCUUCUUCCCCGGCAAUCUGACGAAUCCGAAGCGGGUGACCUACCCUGGUGAGGAUACCUUUGAAGGUGACAUUGUCUAUGGCAUCAGUAGUCAGUUUGAUUAUGCCAAGGUCAAAGGCAAGACCGUGAUGAUUGUGGGAAGUGGUGCCUUCGCGGUCGAAAAUGUACGAACUUGUGUGGAAUUUGCCGCACAGAAAGUCUACAUGGUCUGCAGGCGGAAAACCAUUUCCAUGCCCCGGCUGGUGUCAUGGCUCAUCAAUCAGUCCUCCGACUCCGUUUCAGCUAAGCUGACUUUAGAGUCCAUGGCACCCAUGUAUGAUCUCAUUGGGGUAGACCAAUGGUCCUACUAUGCGGUACAAGCGAAUGAGACCCGAACGAAUGUGACCAUCAAGCAAAAGUCGCGCUUUGGCAUCGGCGAUGUCUACUUCUUAGGGGUGGCGUGCGGUUUUUGUGAGCACAUUGUGGACGACACCAAGAGGGUGAGCAACAGUACUGUGCACUUGGUCAGUGGUCGAAAGCUGGAGAAUGUCUCGCAUAUUCUCAAGCUCUUAGGUUUCAACGGUGAAUUUGACAAUGAUCGUCUCUUGAAGCUCAAGGAGCUUUAUGGCUGGUGGGUCAACAAGGACUAUCGCCGUUACAUCGUGGCCGAGCCCAUCUAUGUGGAUGCGAACAACUUUGGAUCGACCAGCUUUUCACCGGGAGCCAUUUGUUGGGCUGAGCAACAGGCUCAUAUUUUGAAAUACCCCAGUGACUGGGCCACAGUCAUGGAUAGCAACAUGCUGCCUAAACAUGAGGCCGAGGAGGAGAUCAGUCGUCCAGCCUAUGUGGUGGAGGCGCGGCAUGGGGCGCUCACGGGCAUCACCUUGGGUUCACUGGUUCGAGGCAUUUCGGAACGGGGAGCAGUUUGGGGUCCUCUGAAGCGAUUGCGGCAGCGAGAGAUUCAUCCUCCAGAGAAGAUUCUUGAGUGCGCGAAGCGCGAGUGGGAGGAAUGGCGCACCACACUCAAAGAGCUUGGAUAUGAGAAGACGGCAGAAUACCCCUACACCAUCGAAAGUCUCAAUCAAUACUGUGAGGACGAGGUCGAGGAGUUCACCAAGAAGUUUGGCAGAUAUGUCCCGGCAGUCGGCCGAGAGGAUGAUGCGCCCGGUCGCGAAGUGCCACCUGGGGCUGACCACUUUCCACCGCAGCUGCUCUUCUUACAUCAGGGACAGAAAGAGCCCAAGGAGCUGCGGACGUGGCCUCAGUCGACGGGCCGGGCCCGGAGCGCCACACGGGGCGCUGACGAUGGGAGCGGGCUCGACCGGAGAUGCGGUGAAGCCGAUCAAAUCCGUAGACAAAAUAGACUGGUUGUUGGAGAUGGCAACCAAAGGCGGAAAAGCCCAGACCCCAAGUGGGCGGAGCAGCGGCGCUCAUGGGGUCUGGAGGAGGGUAUGCUGAACAGGAUCUACACCAACAUGAAGGUGCAGCUCUUCGUCGCGGCAUUGAUUGCAGGGAACUUCCUGUAUCCAAGCCUCUUCUAUGGCUUUGAGACCUUCUUCAACACGAUGUUCUUCUUCGAAUUGUUGGUCAACAUGUACGCCUUUUGGUGCUGCCGCUUCUGGAAGUCGGGUCGCUGGAACAUCUUCGAUUUUGUGGUGGUGGCCAUUGGCAUUCUCUCGGUUCUCAGAGUGGAACUCCCUGGACCGCUGAGCAUGCUACGCAUGAUGCGAGCGUUUCGCGUUUUUCGACUUUUCAAGAGAGUCAAGUCGCUGAACAAGAUCAUGGUUUCUUUAGCGAAGGCAGUUCCAGGAGUUGCCAAUGCAUUCUUCAUUUUGCUGCUGGUCAUGUCCAUCUAUGCUAUCAUAGCAGUGGACCUCUUCAAGGACUUUGGCAAAGGCUUCAAGUUCACCAACAUCAAAGGUAAAGAGGUGGAGCUGAUUACGAGUCGCAAGCAGGAAUAUGGCUUUGAAUAUUUUGGCAACUUCGGCAAAUCGCUGUACACCAUGUUCCAGGUCCUGACUUGUGAAUCCUGGUCAGAAGCUAUCGCUCGACCUUUGCUACACUGUGGCGCCCUCAGCGCACCAUUCGCGUGCGGAGAACUCAGCGCACCAUCCUUUCUCGUCUUCGGAAUGGGAAUGCCGGGGUUUGGAGCCCGUUUGCUGCCAGCAAAGUUUAUGGGGCAUGCAGCAUACAAGCUGACCCUCCGGUGA